AUGAUCAAACCCGUUUUGGAUUUUUUCUCAUUUUGGGCUCGUCAGCGCACAUCAGGAUCCGGAUUGCAGAGCAUUCUCGAGUCUCAAUCUGGUUCAGAGAUGAGACAACAAGAGGAAAGUGACGGUUUUGAUGAUCCAUUUUCAACUAAAAGGUUGACGGAAGUCCACAUUGGGGAAUUUUAUCCUAGACUCCGAGAUGAAAUUUUUGACAUAGCGAAUACUCAUUUGAUCGAGCUGAGAGAAUGUUUGAGCCCACUUACCAAUUAUUCCUACAGAUACGCUGCGGAGGGACUUACCGAAGAUAUUCUCUUUGCAGUUAAUCAGCAUCGGAGCAGGGAGUCCUAUAUGAUCGAUGCAUUGAAUCGUAUGAAGAAUGGCCUUUUUGCGCUGAAUUACCUGAGACCAGAUGAAUGGCUAAAAGAUGUUGAUUUCUUUGAAUCUAAGCUCUCCUUUAUUUUGAAUCAGCAAAACCGGUUUAGCUUGUGUCCGGACUUGACUGCAGAGUUGUGCAAUCUGCUCAUUGAAAAAUUAGACUUCUGUCUUCGUGAACACCUCUCACAACUCAGAUUACUCUACAAGCGUGAGUUUCUAGGCGCCUGGUGGAAGUUUUACCGUAUGUAUUAUUAUGGGUUUCCUCUAUUGAGACAGACAGAUCAUGCUAAACACCAUGUCUUUUUCUUUCUUAUGGUUGGAUUCUUCUACGCCCUUCACUGGUUUAACUCUCUGUGGAUCGAAGAGGAUCUUGUUUGUCUUUUUACAGUGGUCGCCAUAGCUGAUAUAAUCAUUUAUGGUCUUUUAUUAUCGAUCUCGGAUGGAAAGUUGGCAUUCUACUUCUUUUCAUUCCGCCCUAGUGUGAGACCAUUGUACGAGCAUGCGACAUCAUGUAUCGUAUGGGCAGAGAGCAACUGGCCAUCUUCAAAAUUUGGUUCUGAGUUUACAUGGCGAUUUUGGAAGAAACAAACUGAUGGUUAUGUUCCGCGGGCCGGACCAUUUACCGAUGUUGAAUAA